AUGGAUGAGAUUGAUCACACACUUGGCCGAAUGCAUUUAAACAGCAAUAGUAGCAGCAACAACAGCACAACAUCGUCAGAGCCACUUGCACCAAGUCCUCGUGAAUGUCUUAUCCAAGCCAUUAGCAAGGUUAACGAUGAUUCCCUUCGUCAACAACUCAAAGUCGACUUGAAUCGGCUUCUCACAGACCAUGAUCGUUUGGUGACCAUGGUCCAACAACAUACGCAAACGCUCGAAAUUGAAAAUGAUCAACUCAAAGGUUCUCUCCGAGAUCAACAACAGCGAUAUGAAAAGGCGGUGCGAGAAAUGCAAUUUUUCAAGAAAAGAUUCGACGCUUUAAGCAAGGCACAACAACAACAACAACAACGUCAAUCCAUGAGCUCUGAUUCACCAAGCGAGGUUUCAUCAAGUGGAGGUAGUCAUAGCCAAGGACAGCUUCCACCACCACCAGCUCCAUUAAUAAAUGGAACAUCAACUGCUGCUGCACCACCUCCACCUCCACCUCCCAAUGCACCCUUACCAGCACCACCUCCACCACCAUCAUCUACAGGCGUUAAUUUCCCCUUGACACCUACAAGUCCGCAGCCAUCAAUGUCGAUUCAUUCCGCCGACCAUAAUCCACCCCUUCUUCGGCCAUCACGAUCUUCCUCAUCAUCCAAUACUUCAUCUCAUUUGCAACAUUACCAAGCCUAUUGGAACACGAGCAGCAAUACGCCACUAUCGGGUGCAUCAUUUACUUCCUCAUCUUCGAGCGGAUCAAUACGCCAUCAUCAUCACCAACCACCGCCUUUGCAUAGUUCCACAAGUCUGGAUCCUUCAUUUGAGUCACCACGUUACUUGAGACACAAUCCAUCCAUUUCAUCGGCAUCGACAUCUUCAGGCUAUCCUUUGAGCCCCACACAAUCUGUCAGCUCAACCACAACAACGACUACUUCAACAGCCAACCCCAUGAUUCUUCAACGACGUGUUGAUCCAUUGAUGUUUGGUGGUUCGGAUGCUUUAUGGGAUACCAUUGCCAAAAGUCAAGGAAGCGAUUUGACCGUAGAAAAGAUUAUUACCAACUUUUUGCGUCGUGGUGGAUCACCCAAUACAGCCAAACAAUCACCGUCCAACCAACAUGUCAAAUACGGAUAUGGUAUGAUCCAUGCCUUAAUUGUAACAAAGACACCAGGUGCUUUGGAUUUGUUGUUACAACAAGGAGCCAACCCCAAUGCAAUGACGCUUAGUGAUGAAGACAAGGACAAGGUAACCCCAUGCUACCUUGCUGCCAAAGUGGGAUGGUUGCCAGGACUACAACGACUUGUACAGGCGGGUGGUGAUCUUGUACAAGCACGUGGAGAGGGAUGCAACAAGACGGCUUUGCAUGUAGCUGCUGAGCAUGGUCAUUUGGCAGUCGUUGAGUUCAUUGUUGGAUAUACCGAAGGUGCAUUGAAUCAUCUUGUCGAUACCCAUCUUGGUGCUACAGCGUUACAUUAUGCAUGUCAUACUGCUCACGUUGAGCUGGUUACCUUCCUUGUACGUUCAUGUCAUAUUGGAGUGACGCAUGCUGAUCGUCGUGGUGAACAACCCAUCCAUUGGGCAGCACGUGCAGGUCGUCUCGAGAUUGUGGCCUUAUUGAUCGAACGCUUUGCCUGUGAUGUCAAUGCUUACAUCUCUAAACGUGUGCCUACCCCACUCGAAGUUGCCAAGUCCGCAGGUCAUAAACGUGUCGUCGAAUACCUCAAGAGUCAUGGUGGUCUCAGUAGCAAAAAGGUUGACAAGAAGCGUGAGGAGGAACGUUUAAAAAAGAGCUCUCCUACUUCACAUUUACAAUCCACACUCGCCAUGAAUGGACUUCUUGGUGGUGAUCUUUAA